AUGAGUCGGGUAGGUGAGGUGGCUUAUCAGUUGGCAUUACCACCUUCACUAUCCGGGCUGCAUGACGUAUUCCACGUAUCUCAGCUCCGGAAGUUCGUGCCCGAUACCUUUCAUCCUAUCCUUCCGGAUUCUGUUGAGGUAGAGCCUGAUCUUUCCUAUGAUCCUCAACCUUGCUGUAUCUUGGAGCGUGCUAGCAAGUCCCUCCGGAGUAAGGAGAUACCUAUCAUGAAAGUGAUGUGGGAUGAGACGCGUCUUGAGGAAGCUACUUGGGAACUUGAGUCAGAGAUGCGGGAAUCUUAUCCUCACUUGUUUUGGUUUUGCAAUUUGAAUGAGUCUAAUCAGUCCUAA